AUGGCCUUCAACCGUAUUGCUGUCUAUGGUCACCGUGGAUUCGUUGGCUCUCGAGUUGUUCCUGCUCUGAUUGCCUCGGGAGCUCCAAUUACUGUUUUGCAUCGCUCUACCUCGGAUACCUCCAACCUCCCCGAACAUGUCAGAAAGAUUGAAGUUGACGUUUUUGAUGAAGACGCUUUGGUUGAUGCCUUGCAAGAUAUAGACAUUGUGCUUUCUCUGGUUGGAGACGAGGGUACCGACAGACAGUAUGGUUUUGUGAAAGCCAUCCCUAGGACUAAUGUCCGGCUUUUCGUCCCUUCGGAUUUCUGCCUGCGAUAUUGCGAGCAGGGAAUGCGCAUGCCCUGUAUGACGGCAAAAGCGAAACUCGAAAAGGCUUCUAAGGAUGCUGGGAUCCCAGAGACUCCUUCUUCAUCUCAAUAA